AUGUCGUUCCCCGUGAGAGCCUUGGUUGCCUCCGCCCUGCUGGCGGUGGCUCACGCUCAAGGUGUCAUCCUCAGCGCACAAGGCCCCAAAGGCCCGGCCAGCCCGGGACUAUUAGUCAAUCCCGCAAAGGCCGACGCCAACAUCAUCAACCAGCAGGAGAUCGUCCAGAACGUCGUCAACGAGUGCGGCCGGACGAUCCUCAGCGGGAACAUCGACAUCGGCGAGACGACCGAGGGCCAGCUCAGCAACAACACCGUCACCAAGGUCACAAAGGGCUCCAACGUCGACAUCACCAUCGCCCAGGUCAGCGCCGACGGCGUCGGCCCCUACUCGUGCGACCUCGACCUGACGAGCAACGCCAACGGGGCCACGGGCCAGACGAAGCUCCAGGUCCAGGAGUCCCAGCCGCAGAAUGGCAACAUCAAGCUCAAGGUCAAAAUGCCCGACGACCUGGCCUGCGUAGGAGCCUCCACCGGAGACGUCUGCACCAUCCGCUGCUUCAACGACAACGCAAAGGGCCCCUUUGGCGGCUGCGUCGCCGUCCAGCAGACCGACACGACGCCCAAGCAGAACACCCCCGACAACAUCCCCACCGCCCAGACGCUCGAGGGCGUCCUCACCCAGGUCCAGCAGAACAUCGUCGACCUGCCCGCCGCCGUCAAGUCGAUCCAGGAUGCCCCGACCCAGGACGACCAGGGCGUCACGGCCAUCAAGGAGAUCCUCGGCAACAACGCCACCCUGGAGGCCGCCGGGCCCGCGGGGUCCGCCAACAACGGCAAGAAGAACAACGGCAACGGCGGCAAAGGCAACGGACGGAACAGGGGCAAGGGCAACGGCGCGGCCGGCGGAGGCAACGGCAGGAACCGGGGCACCGGCCGCGGAGGGAACAACGCUCAGACCGGCGGAGGUGCCGCGGCGGGCGGCGGCGGCAACGGACGUGGUCGCCAGAACCAGCAGAACAACAAUGAUAACAACAACAACAACAACGACAAGCGGGAUCCCAAGGACCUGCUCCGCUCGCGCUGGGCGAGGAGGAACUUUGUUCCCCGGGGCUGA